AUGGAUACUUGGCCUGAAGAUUUCACGAAAAAAACAGGAAGACCUCCAAAAUCAUUUGAAGAUCUGUGCGAUCGCAGCAAACGACGCAAGACAAAAGAGCUACGAGAGCACGUACCUGUCAAGGAAUUGACAUACGCAGCUGGUGUGAGUCAGCCUACUUCAGGAAAUACUGAUGCGUUAAAAAUAAUUAAAGAUAUUGUUUCUUCACCAACCAGAGCUACGAAAAUCCGUAAAGUGAUAAAAACUGCCACUAAGCAAGCAACUAUAAAAAAACAUACACCCGAGGAAGCACUAGCCAUUUUUGUUGAAGGUGACUUUACCAGGAGACAGUGGGAAAUAAUUUACAAAUCGAAUAAUAGCAUUUACCCUUGUUAUUCAUUUGUACAAAUGGCCAAAAAGCAGUGUUAUCCUGAUGAAGAAUCUAUACACGUAACUGAGACAUGUUCCGAAAUUCGUCUGCAGGCAUUACAUGACCACACUACAUUGCGUCUACAUAAAUAUUUAGCCGAAGUUAUAGAAACAUGUUCACAAGAAGAAAAACAAAACUUGACAUUAAUUUGUAAAUGGGGAUGUGAUGGAUCACAACAAACCCAGUAUAAACAAAAGUUUCAAGAUAGCGCGGACAGUGACGAAAACAUCUUUCAGAGCUCACUUGUACCUUUAAGAUUGGUAGUACUGAUUAAUGAAAAACAAAAAAAAUUAUUUGGCAGAACCCAGUUCCCUCUUCAGUGA